CACACCGGCCUGUCUGACUUUGAGACCGGACUCUUUCACAGGAAGCACCCGUGACUUGUACCGCUUAAGAGUCUUUAAAAUAUACCUGCCAGCAUGUUUUUAAAUCAGAUUAGCGGAGUUCGCAGCCUUAGUCUUGUCCGGAGUUUUGCUGGACAGUUUCGAAGAUGCCCCGCAGGAAUUAAGACUCACAAUGCAGUGGAACAGAGUGCACAGAGGAGAUUCUGCAUCAAGUCUCCAAGCUCUGAAACAGGCUCCCAGCCACAAGCUGUGCAAGGGACCGGAGGGGUUGCAGCAGCUCGUCCUAGCUUUAAGGUUCCUGGAUACAGACCUUCAGAGUUUGAUAAGACACUCCUCAUUUGGACAGGCCGUUUCAAGAGAAAAGAAGAUGUACCAGAGCAGGUUUCAUUUGAAAUGAUUGAUGCAGCAAGGAAUAAGGUGAGAGUGAAGGCCUGCUACGGAAUGGUCAUCCUGUCAAUUGUAGCCUGCAUUGGAAUGGUCAUUCUGGGAAAAGAGGCAGCUGGUCGGCAUGAAAAUCUGACAGCCCAGAACAUGGAGAAGAAAGCGCGCUAUAGAGAGGAGGCUCGCAAAGAGAGAGAAGCUGCUGCCAUUGAUAAAGCCCAAUAAAAAAAAAAAAAAGUUGUUUUUUUAAAACUUUUUUUUUUUACUUUAUUUUCAGAAAUACAAUUCUAUAUCUAUAAACAAGAAGGUGGCCAAAUCAUCCUAUUUGAUUAAUUUGGGUUUAGAGUGCUGUACGCUAGACACCACAUUACCACUGCUAAUAGGACACCCAGCUGGCUUUGUGACCAGAGCAGCAGGCAGUUGCCAGUGUCUGCGGCCAUUCCCUGCCUGUUUCCUGUGCAGAACAGUAAACAAGCUUAAUAAAUGCAGGACAUUUCCAGCUUCCUCUCAAUCUCUGAGUGCAGUCUCUGGUGUACAGUUCCUACAUGUAAAUAUGAAAGCAUAGUGUUAUAAUGGAGAUUCUUGCAUCUAUCCACCAUGUGUAGUAUUGCAGAAAGUCCAGCAGGGAUGCAGACAAAUCCAGCAGGCACCACUGUUAAAACCAAUGUAUUGCCUUGUUUGUGUUAGCAGUGCUUCUCCUCUGUUUUGCCCAGGUAAACUUACGCUAUAAUAAUACACCCAAACAAUAGUUGCGUUUGCAUUAAAUUGUACAAUUACUUGUCUCAGAAUACUGUUUUUGCCUUUUCCAGAUACUAUAGCAAAGCUUAUACAGGAGCUUGCUUGUCAGCCCUGUUUUUUUACUUCACUGAUCAGCUUUGUGUAGUGAAUGUCAACGCAGAACAUUACUUAAGCGUAUAAAAACAUUCAGUCCUUGAAAUGAUUACCAUCAGUGCUGGGGAUCUUACUAUAGAGACAGACAGGGAUGUGGAUAGAGGGAGCAGUAUGAUCUACGUGAAUGGAUUGCUCUUGAUUGUAUGAGCAAGAUCUAACAAUGAGGAUGGGUAUUAUUAUAUGCACUUUAAUAGACUGUAUAUUUCUUGAAUUUACUGUUUCAAAUAGAGAUUGCUGCUUUUAAAUGUAAUGCCUAAAACGGUACAAAAAAAAAAAAAAAUUUAGGCCUAUAUGAACUUGGAUGAUAUUUUUUGAAAUUCUUCUAUUAAAUGUAAUAAAACAA